UCCUCCCUGUCUGAACUCUUGUAGAUGUAAGCGUAGCACAGGCACCGCACACUGAAGCACUGACUGCACAGCAUGCAAGAAAUUGAGCAGAUUACAAGCCCAAAGGACAGUUAAACACUGUUGAUACUCUUCCAAGUCCGCAGCCUGUUUCACAGUCGGACAAAUCUUGCAGUGUUGGCUUGGCUUAAUAUGAACAGCUGGUGUUCAGAUCCUGGAACCACUGGGUUAUUUGGAACAUGCAGUGAGCUACUGACCGUGGAGUCUUAACCUUCAUUUACUUUCUGUCUCUUAACAAGAUCCUAGAGGAAGGACCAUGGAAAAUGUGUCUUUGUUGAGCACUCCUAAUACUUCCUACAAUCUAUCUGGGCUUGGUGGCUAUUAUGGAAAUUCUAAUUCUGAAACAUAUAUCGCUAGCAAUGAUUUGUCCCCAAAUUUCUAUAUCAUUCUCCCGGUGAUCUACUCGAUCAUUUGUGUGGUGGGAUUGACUGGAAACACAGCGGUCAUCUAUGUUAUUCUCAAAGCCCCAAAGAUGAGGACUGUCACCAACCUCUUCAUCCUCAACCUGGCAAUUGCUGAUGACUUGUUUACACUCGUCCUUCCCAUCAACAUUGCUGAGAUUCUUCUUCAUUAUUGGCCUUUUGGUGUUGUCCUUUGUAAGAUUAUCUUAUCCAUAGACCUUUACAACAUCUUCUCCAGCAUUUUCUUUUUAACCGUCAUGAGCAUAGACCGCUAUUUGGUCGUAUUGGCCACGGUAAGGUCCAAGAGGAUGCCCUAUCGUACCUAUCGGGGAGCCAAAAUUGUCAGUCUUCUUGUUUGGGUCUUGGUCUUUCUGAUUGUGUUGCCUUUCUCCAUUUUCGCUGGAGUAUACAUGGACAAUAUGGAGUUUACAAGCUGUGGACUGAAUUUCCCCAAACCAGAAAAGCUAUGGUUCAAGGCGAGUCGUAUCUACACCUUACUGUUGGGAUUUGCCAUUCCGGUAUCCACCAUCUGUAUCUUGUACAUGCUCAUGUUGUACAAGCUGAGGAAUAUGAGGUUAAAUUCCAAUGGCAAGGCCUUGGACAAGGCCAAGAAAAGGGUUACCAUCAUGGUCUUUGUUGUCGUGGCGGUUUGUCUUUUUUGUUGGACUCCUUUUCACCUAGCUACCAUAGUGUCUCUGACCACAGAUUUGCAGGAGACCUCUGCAGUUAUUGGCAUGUCUUACUUCAUUACAAGUUUGAGCUACGCCAACUCUUGUCUCAACCCAUUCCUCUACGCUUUCUUAGAUGACAGUUUCCGUAAGAGCUUUCGGAAGAUGCUGGAGUGUCGAACAACUUGAGGUCCU